CAUGGAAGUUGACUGGCUAAGGCUAGCUUAGCAGUUAGCUGCCUAUAUGCAGUCAAACGUAGUGUUAAGCUUCACUUAGCUGACCAGCGGCAAUGGGUGAAACUUACAGUAUUACACCGACAUGUUCACUAUCUUUUCCGUCAUACUGAAAUGUCAUGGGUUAUAGUCAGGUAAAUAACAAACAAAGUGUAUUAAGAUUUAUUAUUAACGUAUGGAUGUAUUUUAUUCAGCUGCAUUAACUUCAACAGUUACUGUUCGCGCUACAUUGAAGACAUUAAGAUGUCGUUGGUUGUUUUUGUGGGAAAUAGACUGUAGAUUUAACAGCAUUGUUGUCUUGGUUAGUCAAAUGUGUUGUUGUUGUUGUUGUUGUUAGGAUUUGUUGUAAUCGUGUCGUUCUGAGACCCAGGAGCCCAUUAUCAGCUGUUUAAGAAGGCACUGUCAGUCAUGUUUAUACACUGAGACAUGCCUGUAUAUUUUUGUAUUAUGUCAAAGGGACAUAUUUUCUCUGUUAGUCACAGGAUGAGACUAAAGGGCAGUACCCACCAAAUACAGGCAGGAUAGAUGAUUACAGAAUAAGACGCUUCAGUAGUGACGUAUCUGAAGUUAUCAUCUGUCAUUUGCUAAUCUUUUCAGGACAUAACACUUAUUUUUUUUAAUUAGGAUGUUGGAAAUUUUGUCCAUCUAUCUUUCUAUCAGGUUUUGCCAGGUUGAUCUUUUUUGAAUCCAUUUCUUAGGUCCACUGUGAACAACACUGGGUCUUUAUAUGGAUUUUGACCUUUUUUCCUAUGAAUGUUCCAUUAUAACUUUCACAUGUUCAGUGUCAUGUUGGUUGUAACUUAAGACGCAUAGCACUAAGGCAUGGCAUAGGUAUGUUACUAUGAUCUUGUGUUGAAAAAAAAGGAUUCUUACAAAGUAUCAAGUUGAUAUCACCUUGGUGCAAGCUGGACUCUCAUGUACAGGUGUCAUCUGUACUUACAGUUCUUGUUUGUGCCACUUGGUGGUGACAGUGAAUAGCAUUAUUGUAGCACAUUGGGAGAGAUAUAAAGUCUUGACAUAAUGAUAGAGCUGCAGCCUAGCUCUGGACAUUCAAGAUAACAUUUCACUGUAGGGUGACAGUGGUAAAUCUGAUCGUAGUUUUUAAGUGAAACGUAAUACAUACAUAUGUAUUACGUCAUUGUGUUAUUGUGAAAGACAGUACACAGCACCAAGACGAUAUACAGUAUCUCACUUACCUUUUAUUUGUAAACACUUUCACUUCAAAUUCUACCUAUCAAGGACACUCACUGGGGUCACAUAUGGUAGCUUCUGUCUGACAUUUCAAAAGGAGAAGCUAUUAAAUGUUAAUGCACUAGAUUCAAGAGCUACAUACUGUUAAAUUAUGUACUGGGCAAACAGCUUGUGUUCUUCUAUGAAGUCUUGAUGCCUAUGAUCAAGUGUCAGCACAUCAGGGAGCAACCAAACUAUAGUGGAGAAGUCAAACAAAAAUAUUUAAUAAAGUAAAUCCACAAGAUCAGAUUGUCAUAAGCACAUUAGAAUAUAUAAUCUUGUUUUUCUGUGUGAUAUGAGUGCAUCAGUGAUGGAAGGAAGCAAUCUGAAGGUGUAGAAUAGAUACUUUUGUUUUGAAACAAGAGCUUUAUGCACUGUUUUUUUUUUUUUUUAAGUUUCAUCAUUUAAAGUGUCUAUGAAGCGUGUCAUCACAGGAAGUUGUGGUAGGUCCCUUUCCUGUUCGUGUGCCUAAGUAGAGAGACAGUCACUUCCCUUCCUUUGCGGGGGUCACACCCAUCUCAUAUACAUUCACACAGGCAACGUUUGAUCCUGUGUGUCAGUUGGCAGCUGUGACUGCAUGAGGAGAGGCAACAGGUGACUGUUCAACACAGUGUGAAGCAUCCGUGGCCACGCUGUGUACUUGCUUUUGAAUAGGAGACUCUAGAAGCGUGUGAGUUCAUGGAGCAUGAGCCUGGUAUCGUGUCCCCGUUCAAGCGAGUCUUCCUGAAAGGAGAGAAGGGGAGGGACAAGAAGGCUCAGGAGAAGGCUACAGAGCGCAGGGCCCUGCACACCUUUUCACUCUCUCAGCCCGACCACCGCAUCGACCCUGACAUCCUGCUUAACGACUACAUUGAGAAGGAAGUCAAAUACUUGGGGCAGCUGACAUCAGUUCCAGGAUACUUGAACCCAUCUAGUCGCACAGAGGUGCUACAGCUCAUUGACAAUGCAAGGAAGUCCCAUCAGUUGGCGGGCCAGCUGACAUCCGAACAAGACGCAGUGGUGAGUUUGUCGGCGUACAACAUAAAACUAGUAUGGCGCGAUGGAGAAGACAUCAUCCUGAGAGUACCCAUCCAUGAUAUUGCUGCUGUGUCCUACAUCAGGGACGACUCAUUGCACCUUGUGGUGAUCAAAACAGCCCAGGAGUCAGGAGGCUCUCCUUGUCCCAGCUCAUGUCCUGACCUCAACAAAUCUCAGACCCUGAGCUCCUUAUCAGAGAGUGGAGCUGUGCUUGUGGAAGUCUGCUGUCUGCUCGUACUGGCUGUUGAUAACAAGGCGGCUGCAGAGGAACUGUGCCUUUUGCUCAGCCAGGUCUUUCAGAUCGUCUACACAGAAUCAACCAUUGACUUCUUGGACAGAGCCAUAUUUGAUGGAGCAACCACACCCACAAGACACCUUUCUCUGUACAGCGGUAAGGAAUGGAACAGAUCAGUGCUGUUUGUUAAGACAUUUGUUAAAUUUCAGAAUUUCACAUGUAAACAUUUUGCAGAUGACUCUUCAAGCAAAGUUGAUGUUAAAGAGGCCUUUGAAGAAGAAGGCGGCACAUUUCCUUUCCAGGCUUCUGUGGAGGCAGAAGGAAACUCCCCAACAACGUCCACCCCAGCUUCUCCUCAGACAAAGACUGCGAGUGAAGGAGAACUCAGUACCACUGCUGCAGAGCUGCUGCAGGACUACAUGACUACACUGCGGACAAAACUGUCAUCACAGGAGAUCCAGCAGUUUGCUACUCUGCUCCAUCAGUACCGCAAUGGUUCAUCCAUCCAUGAGUUCUGCAUUAACCUUCGACAACUUUACGGUGACAGCAGGAAGUUCCUCCUCCUUGGUCUCCGACCCUUCAUACCAGAGAAAGAUAGUCAGCACUUUGAGAAUUUCCUUGAGACGAUCGGUGUCAAAGACGGCCGAGGAAUCAUCACAGACAGCUUUGGCCGAUAUCGGCGUACGGCAAGCUCCGCCUCCGAUUCCACCACCAACGGCAACGGUGCAGUGGGAGGAAGUGGCGACAGCGCGGCCUCAGACGAAGGUCAGGAGGCUUCGGAGGGAGACGAGUGGGACCGCAUGAUCACCGAUAUCAGUAACGACAUCGAGGCUCUCGGCUGCAGCAUGGACCAGGAGGGAGUGACACCCUGACGCGGUCGACUGAGAACUGUACGGAUACGGACUGACAGCCUCUCCUUAAAUGAACAGUAGGCAUGAGCUGAACGGAUCAGAUGAAGGUGGUCCUUGGCACUGACCUAAGAUUUGAUUAUUUGUAUAUUCCUCUAAUUGUCAAGAGGACGUUCCGUAGUCUAUAAGCACUCAAGGAAAACCUCAGCUUAUUACCAUGAAAACAUGAAGUCAACAAACGCACUUAUGCAGACUCUGUCGAUGACGUUUGGGUAGUUUGUUGGGGGUUUUUUGCAUUUCAGGAGGAUUUGAAGCCUCUUGUGUGUUUUUUUUUUUUUAAAGUUUCUUUGAUAUUUGUACUCCUUUUAUUGGCAGUAUCUGCCACUGCUGACAGCAAUGUAGCGAGAGGACUGUGUGAUUGUUUAAGAAGGUUAAGAGUGAAGCUGUAGUGGUUUUAUUAUAAGUCAUUAAGCAGUUUCGCCCACCAGAAGAACUUCGGUUUAAUGGAGUUAUUUCACGUGUGUGCGUUUGCUGUGAGAGUGUAAACAUUUUUGCUAUACAAGUUUGUUUUCAGUAGGAUUAUUGUACCGUUUUUGUCUCACACUAUAAUUUGUUUACUCAUUUAUAUAUAAUUUUGCCUUAUUAAAACUGACCAAGGAAAUGCUGUAAAAACAAAAAAACAAUUCUCAUUCAGUUGUGCACGAUUGAGUGGGGACUGUAUUUUGACAAAGCCAGAAAGCUGAUGGCUGAUGUAACUUUAUGAUUCUAGAUAUUUGUUCUUCUCAUGCAGGUCAUAUUGUUGUGUCUCGUGACAUCACAUCUGUCAUUGUGCCUUUUUUCCGCUGCAGUACCGUUGCCAACCGUCUUGUCACAUGCAAGUCCUGAUGAGCUGUACCUUCAUUUGUUGAGCAAAUCAUAGUUAUUAAAUAACAGCUACUUCA